AUGGUGCUCAAUCCAGGCUACAGAGUGAGAAACCUCCUAGCGCUAAACUUUGCUGGGUUUGCGUGUAUCUCCCUUGUGGUGUUCCUUCUGGCUUCGCAGCCAUUCUACUUAUCAGAUGUCAUUGGCGUGGACCUGAAGAAGAUAGGUUCUGUGGUGGGCACUUUGGGUGUUUUGGAUGAGUUGUCUUCCAUCUUUGUUGCUGUCUUCUUGGGCACGUUCAACGAUAAACUCAACUUCUGGGCCCGAUCGUCCACGAGGUUCUUUCCCUCGGGACCCCGGAUUUUGGAGUUGGGUGGCUUUUUACUAUUGGCAGCGUCUCUCUUUGGGUACGGGAAAUUGGCUCACAGUGUUUUUCCCGAUCUUUGGUUCUGGCGUGCUAUUUUUGCCGUGGCGGUCACGGCGUGUAUGAGUAUUGUAACGGUAAUGCUACACGAAGCGAACAAUUCCGAUUUUGCCUGGACAGACUUGGCUUUCUGGAGAAUGUACCAGCAUAAGCCAGAGCACCAGGAGGUGGAAGAGGGGCUCUUGAGCGAGGAGCCAGCUGGCUUAAGUCAUCCUCAGAAAAAGAAGCACGGGAAGCUUUCGGCCAUGAUCGGCGUCUCGACAGGACUUGGAGCUGUUUUCUCCGUCUCGUUCUUUUUGACGCUUCCAGUGAAGCUCAGCGACCAUAACGAUGAUCUCACGAGAGAGGGUUCGGUGAGGUUAUCGUAUGUGCUUUUGGGAGUCUUUGCGUUUGCUGCUGCUGUUCUAGUGUUCACAUUUGCGUACGAUAGUGCCAAACAUAGGAAAGCCGCUGGCGUAGGAGGCAGUGAACAGGAUAAGGAGCUGUCGUAUUUGGAAUUACUCAAACAGGGCCUUCAGGCUUCCAAGUACAACAGAAGGGUACAGUUGGCGUACGUCAGCUCGUUUGUCUCCAGGUCCACAACGGUUGCCAAUUCCGUAUUUAUUCCGCUCAUGGUGUUCAAGUUUUACUCUGAGCACGGCAAAUGCAGCGGUUCGGCGUCAGAAUCGGCAAAUACGCCGCUGAAGGAUGAGUGCUACGAUGGGUACGUCUUUUCUGCUAUUCUCACUGGAGUAGCGCAAACGGUUGCCUUGGUUUCCUCGCCAUUGUGGGGGAUCUUGGUCGACUCCAACCGUUUGGGGUGUCUGAUGACAUUGCUCAUUGCGGCUGCUAGCGGUAUGUUGGGCAGUUUUGGACUCUGUCUUGCCAGCGUAAUUGGUGGAGACGGCUACGACCCACGCAACGCCGUUUGUUUCAUCCUUGUGAGUUUCAUCGGACUCUCCCAGAUCGGCACCAUCAUUGCCAGCAUGAGUCUUGUGAGCUCGAUUGGGCUGAGCAUCGAGUCAGCUGAACACAGGGUGAUUGGCAGUAUCAGUGGAUGCGCCAGUGUGUGUGGUGGGUUUGGGAUUUUGUUGAUCACGAAAGUGGGCGGGUCAUGGAGUGACCAUUGGACGUUUGGCCCGUUCUUCAUUUUGGGCCUGCUCAACGUGAUUUUAGCGGCGGCGUCCAUCCUAGCGACGAGAAAGUAA